AUGACAUCAAUUAAAGACAGUCAAGAAUGGAAGAAGUUGGAGGAACACUAUCAAAAAGUUGGUAAAUCAUUCAAUAUGAGAAAUGAAUUCGGUAAGGAUCAAAAGAGAUUCGAGAAGUUCCAUGUCGAGUUGAAAUUGAACAAUGAGGUCGGUCCGAUCUUGUUUGACUACUCAAAGAAUCGUGUCAAUGAAGAGACUAUGGAGUUGUUGUUCAAGGUAGCUAAGCAUGCCAAUGUAGAGCAAUGGCGUGACCGUAUGUUUGCCGGUGAGAAGAUCAAUAUCACUGAGAAUCGUGCUGUCUUACAUACUGCCUUGCGUAAUCGUGAUGCCAAGUCGGUCAUCAAGGUCGACGGUGAAGACGUCAUGCCAGGUGUUCGUGCGGUGCUCGCCAAGAUGAAGUCGUUCGUCGAGCGUGUUCGCAACGGAAAGUGGUGUGGAUACAGCGGCAAGAAGAUUACCGACGUCGUUAACAUUGGAAUCGGUGGAUCCGAUCUCGGUCCUGUCAUGGUUUGUGCCGCUCUCAAGCCAUAUGCUAACGACACUGAGUUGCGCGCACACUUUGUCUCGAACAUCGAUGGAACUCAUCUGCACGAGACCGUCCGUCAACUCGACCCGGCAACCACCUUGUUCAUCGUUGCCUCCAAGACUUUCACAACUCAAGAGACCAUCACCAAUGCUCUGUCCGCACGUAAGUGGUUCUUGGAUCACUUGCCAAGCGGUGUCGAUCAGGGUCACGCCAUUGGACAACACUUUGUCGCGUUGUCAACCAACGAGAAGGAGGUCACUAAAUUUGGUAUUCUCGUUGAGAAUAUGUUUGAGUUUUGGGAUUGGGUUGGUGGACGUUACUCACUCUGGAGUGCCAUUGGAUUGCCAAUCGCUCUCUACGUUGGAUUCGAUCAUUUCGAGCAGCUGUUGGCCGGUGCUUUCGCCAUGGAUCACCACUUCCAGAGUGCGCCACUCGACAAGAAUAUUCCAGUGUUGAUGGCACUGAUUGGAUUGUGGUAUAACAACUUCUUUGAUGCACAAUCACUUGCCAUCUUGCCAUACGACCAGUACUUGUCGCGUUUCGCCGCCUACUUCCAACAGGGUGAUAUGGAGUCGAACGCGUUGAUGAAGGGUAAAUCCGAGGAGGAAGCCAAGGCCGAACUCACAAAGGAGGGUCUCAGUCAGGAGCGUCUCGACAAGCUCUUGCCACACAAGGUGUUCUUGGGUAAUCGUCCAACCAACUCGAUCAUGCUACAGAAGCUCACACCAUACUCACUCGGUUCGCUCAUUGCUAUGUACGAACACAAGAUCUUUGUACAAGGUAUCAUUUGGAACAUCAACUCAUUCGACCAAUGGGGUGUAGAGCUUGGUAAGCAACUUGCCAAGUCAAUCCUUCCAGAACUUCACAAUCAAGAAAAGAUUACCGCACACGAUUCCUCUACAAAUGGUUUAAUCAACUAUUUCAAACAACACUCCUCCAAACUCUAA